UAGGUGUCAAGAGAUCAAAAAUACUUACGUAUGAAAAUAUAAACCCUCUUGUUAAGAAGGUAGAUUAUGCUGUUCGUGGAGAAUUAGCAACUCGAGCAGAAAAAAUUAGAGAUCAAUUAUCUAAGAAACAUACUAAAAGUAAAUACAAUUUUACAGAAGUUGUAAAUUGUAAUAUUGGUAAUCCACAACAACUUUUACAAAAACCAAUCACAUUCUUUCGACAGGUCCUUUCUCUAUUAGAAUAUACUGACCUUUUAUUGCCACAGAAUCGUGAUAAAGUUGAAGUUUUAUUUCCUUCAGAUGCAAUUGAACGAGCAGGAUUAUUAUUAAAACAGAUAGAAAAUAUAGGUGCCUAUUCUCAUUCUCAAGGUAUACCUCAUAUAAGACAAAACGUCGCAAAAUUUAUAGAAGAUGCAAUUGAACGAGCAGGAUUAUUAUUAAAACAGAUAGAAAAUAUAGGUGCCUAUUCUCAUUCUCAAGGUAUACCUCAUAUAAGACAAAACGUCGCAAAAUUUAUAGAAGACCCAGAUAAUAUUUUUCUUACUCAAGGAGCAUCACCAGGAGUUCAGAAUGUAGUUCAACUUAUUGUUUCUAAUAACAAUGUUGGCAUUAUGAUACCCAUACCUCAAUAUCCACUUUAUACUUCUACAUUAGCAUUAUAUGACGCACAAACAGUACCAUACUAUUUAGAUGAUGAUGAUGGAUGGACAUUAUAUGACGCACAAACAGUACCAUACUAUUUAGAUGAUGAUGAUGGAUGGAGUUUAAAGCUAGAAGAACUGUACCGAUCAUAUUUAGAAGCAAAAGGGAAAGGAAUAGAUGUUCGAGCGCUUGUUAUAAUAAAUCCUGGAAAUCCUACGGGACAAUGUUUAACAGAACAAAAUAUAAGAGAAAUUAUUAAAUUUUGUUACAAGGAAGGACUAAUUCUUUUGGCAGAUGAGGUAUAUCAAGCAAAUGUGUAUCAACCUGUAGAAAGACCAUUUCAUUCAUUCAAAAAAAUUCUUAGAUCAAUGGGACAAGAAUAUGAAGGUUUAGAAUUAUUUUCAUUUCACUCAGUUUCCAAAGGUAUGAUAGGAGAAUGUGGUAAAAGAGGAGGAUAUUUUGAGUGUACAGGAAUCGACAUGGACGUGGUCGAUGAGCUUUAUAAGGUUGCCUCGGUCACUCUUUGUCCAAAUGAUUAUUGA